GAUAAUUCAUUUAGGGGUGGGAAUAGAAAACAGUCAGAAGUUAUUCGGUCUGCUGUUCUGUGUUUGCCCGCCAUCAAUGACUUGAAUUCAUUCAUAGCAGGACUCAGAAUGGAGAAGACGUUGCAACAAGAGAAGUCGGAAUAUAACAAUCCAGAUGAGGACCAAGGUGGGAUCCGUCGCAGGCUGAGGGACAGGGAUCUCCUCAGGAAGAAAAAGGCUGAAGCAGAGGAGAAGGAGACUAACCAGUGGGUUUUGGGGAUGGAGAGCCCGAGGAAAAGACCAAGGGCUGACAACAGGAGUGGCGCGAAGAAGAAAGGGAGGCCCAGGAAGACUGAACCCACGCCGGAGAUAUCAGUCAUUCAGGAAGAGGCAGCAGCGCCGCAGGAAGCUCCUGCAGCAGCGGUGCCUGAAGCCGCGGAGGUCAUUCCAGAUCAAACAUCAGGCUCCCUGUCCCCCUUAAUUGCUGUAGAAUUACAACCAGCGUCUGCUCCUGCUCCUCUGCCAGUGUUUGGAUCUGUCCAAAGCCCCCUCUUUGCUCCUGUUCCGACUCCUCCAGCUCCACUGAACCCGGCUCCAGCCCCCUUUUCACCAUCAGUUCCUGCACCGGCACCCGUCCAAGAUCUGGACACGGCUCCAAUCCUUGUCCAAGAUUUGGAUCCAGCUCCAGAUGCUGUCCCCUUUCUGACCCAAACCCCUGUUCCAGCUGCAGCUCCUGCUCCUCCCGCAGCUCCUCCCCAGGUGGAGACCCUUAACAUCGAGUCACAAGGCAGGGAGCCCCUUAACCAGGUCCUGAUUGAGGACUUGGGCCCAGAUGAGGAGGAAGAUGCCUCUCUAUCUCAAGACAAUGGAACUGAUGAAGAUCUGAGUGGGACACCGUCGAUCAACGCACCUGAACAAAAUAAAAUGUUCUCAGUUCCCACCUUGUCCUCGCCACCUCCUCCACAAGAAUAUCUCCCAGGAAAUUCAUUCUAAUUCUCAAAAACACAUAUUUGAGAUACUGCCUCAGUUCAACCAGACUUCCUGCUCUCGGUCACAGUUCGUAUCUGAGUAUUAUUCUGGUUAGUGUGCAGCCAGUUGGCUGAAGAGAACAAACAUGUUGAGCAUAUGCGUCACUUAUCUGACAAAUGUAUGAAUUCAAGCGGAACCUGCAUGCUUAUUUAUUCUGGCUUGUGCUUCACGACGAAGCUAUUUUGUAAUGUGCAUUUAGUAAACAGCAAAUUUUGUAAAUUGUAUUAAUCAAUGGUAAUAAUGUAUUUGUAAUCGUGGAUUUAUUUGACUGAAUUUUUUAAAAGUUGUUUUUUCACCUAAUAAAAUACAAUGCUUACAAUCAUCUGACACUGGUCUAGAUCAUCUGUGUCAUCCCCAGACAUGUGAUGUGUAAGUGUGACAUGUGUAUGAUCAAUAAAUAAAU